UGUUGUUGAUGCCACAAUGACAAGUACAGGUAGCGGCAUGACAAGUUCCACUAUUAGUAGCGGCAUGAUGGAAGAGCCACUGAUCGAUGAAGCAUCGGCCUUAUGGAAUCUCGAGCCUUUUCUGGUGGACAAUCUCAAGAGGGAUGGAUUUACCAAGUUCUUCCCGAUCCAAUCGCUGGUGAUUCCGGAUGUAGUAACUUCAGAACGAUUCUCCUAUACAAGAGCUCAGGAUAUUUGUGUUUCAGCUCCCACUGGGUCUGGAAAAACCCUGGCAUUUGUUCUACCGAUACUGAAUGUGCUUUCCAAGCGUCAAGUGAGACGAUUACGCGCUCUCGUCGUCCUCCCAAGCAGAGACCUCGGUCAGCAAGUCUAUGAAGUAUUUCAGAGAUACAGCCGAGGAUCGGAUAUUGUGAUUGGUCUGGCCAUUGGGAAUAAAAAUACCCAAAACAAAAAGAACGCCAGGCAACAACAAGAAACUGAUUUCUUGGAUGCUUUCCAAACAACAACAACAACAACAACCCACAACAACACUCAGACGGAUGUGGAUGUGCUCGUCUGCACUCCAGGCAAACUCAUGGAUUAUCUCAACUAUACACCCGGAUUCACCCUGCAACACUUGAGAUUCUUGGUAGUCGAUGAGGUAGAUAGACUGCUGAGCCAGCCAUACCAAGAUUGGAUUGGUCGGGUGAUGGAUGCCACAAAAGACGAUUCGCAGCUUAUUAUGCAAACCAGGCAACUGCGCAAGCUCCUGUUCUCUGCCACUUUGACAAAAGACCCCCAAAAGCUGUCCGCUCUGCGACUCGUGCGUCCAAAGUACUUUGACGCCCGUAAAAUCAACAAAGCUUCCAAACACAAACAUGACAACAACAACGACAACAACAUGUCCUUCAACAAAUACAGCAUACCCGCUCAACUGGAAGAAUGCACCGUGGAGUGCACAGCGGAGCAAAAGCCCAUUGUCCUGUUGGCGCUGCUCCGGGAACGACUGGACCGCAGUUCGACCACACGAAAGCAAGUCGUCCUGGUAUUCACAGCCAGUGUCGAUGCCACGCAUAGAUUAGCGCGACUGUUGCAACUGCUGUGGAAGUCGGCUGGCUUUGGACAACCAGAUGCCGUGGCCGAGUUUUCAAGCUCUUUGAGUCAAAGCGAGCGAUCUCAUUUGAUGAAACGGUGCGAGAGUGGGAACAACUCUCUACAGGUUAUUGUCUGCUCCGAUGGAAUGUCCAGAGGCAUCAGUGUGGAUGUGAUUGGUACGGUUGUCAACUAUGAUGUCCCCAACCUUGCAAAGACAUAUAUUCAUCGAUGCGGACGAACGGCCAGGGCUGGGAAGAACGGGUUGGCUGUGAGCUUGCUAAAAGGGGGACAAGUUGCUCAGUUCAAGCGUAUGCGUCAAACUAUUGCAGAUCCUCUGCGUGUGCAAUCAAGAGGAGUUCAAAAGAAAUUGGUGAAAUCAGCCGUUCCUGUGUACAUGUCUUGUCUGAAAAGGCUCGCAACUGUCAUCUCCGCCGAACAAGAUGGUGUUCUCAAACCUACAGCGUCGAUUCCUCAAGACAUGUUUCCCUGAGAAGCUUCACUCUGUUGUGACCAAACUAUUGUGCGAAGCUUCACCAAACACGUGGAUGUAUCCAAUUCUAAGCCGGCCUACGCAACAUAAUCAGCAAAGUGAUCCUUGUCUAACACAACUAUUUGCAAAGCUAGAGAGCAGUGACCUGUAUUGAGGCAGCCAGAACUGGCCGUUUCAAAGCGAUGUGCACCUAUCCAGCCGUGCGAUUCAUGCCGCUGCUUCGAUCAUCAGCAGAAGACGGCUACUUCUGCCAACUUUGUAAAUGUAAAUUCUAACUGAUGAUAUUUUAUGUUGUU